AUGGCAGAAAUCAUGGAAACCUUAAGUAAAAAUUUCAAAAAACCAACAUAUGCUGAAGCAUCUGUCUUGCAAGAACGUAGUCAGAAACGAGAUGAUGCACUGAAAGAUUUAAAGAAGACCUCGAAAGGUUCAAAAAACCAACAUGAAGAAAAUUUGUAUGAACUUAGAUUGAAACAUGCCCAACAAACAAAAAAUAUUAAUGAAGAAUUAGAAAAUGUUAAAAAGAGUAAAUCUUCAUUAGAAAAUAUGAAACAGAAAUUAGAACAUGAAAAUGCAGAUUUAAUAAAUGAUUUAAAGGCAGUUCAAAUAGCUAAACAAGAAUCAGAACGUAGACGUCGACAAGUAGAACAGAAUUGUCGAGAAUUGACAGUCAAAUUAACAGAAAUGGAAAGCAUGAAAUUAGAUUCUAACAAUAGGGAAUCAAAACUCCAGAAUGAGUUGGACCAAGUUACUGCACAAUUAGAGCAAACUGAUGCAAAAUUGGAACAAGCGAGUGCCAAAAACUCCUCUCUGGAAACUCAGCUGGCUGAAGCUAAUGCACUAGCAGGUCAAAGGCAAAUUGAUUGUUUUGGACCAGAGAGUACAGCAAUGGACAAGGCUUUUAAGCUAGCUCAGGAGAAAGAAAUAGUAGAAAAGACGGAUACAUCUGAACCACAGACAAGUUGCACAACACAAUCACAAACACCCAAAGAAGUAUCUACGGCGCAGACCCCAACCAACAGUUGUGUUUUCUGUGACAACCAAGGUAUUUUCUACUGCUACGAUUGCAAGCUAGCAUUUUGUACACCUUGUAGAGAUAAUCAUGAUAAACUACCACAAUCAAAAACACACUCUGUAACAGAUUUGAAAAGUGUUAAUCCCUCAGCCGUUAAAUUAAGAUGUGAGUUACACAAAUCUGAGUUUACAUUUUUCUGCACUCCAUGCAAUACAUUGGUUUGUAAUUUAUGCGUAACAUCUGACCACAAGGAACAUGGCAUGUCUGGUAUCAUCGAAAAAUCCGACGAAAUUAAAAGACUCGCGAAAUCAAAAUUAUCAGAUAUGAAAAGCAAACUUCAAAAUCUAUCAAAAGCGGCUGAAAUAACUAAAAUGAUUGACAUACCAAAAAUGGAUGACGAAUCAAAAAUGGCUGUUGCUAAGAUCCGUUCUAUUGAAAAUGAUGUGCAGAAGCUAAUAAGCACAAAAGCUGAUAUCAAAGUCAAUGAAGUUCAAGAUGAAGCGCAGUGGAAAAAAGAAGAGCUACAAAGUGCUUGGAAUAAUAAAGAAAGAAUUCACAGAAAACAGACAAGUAUUUAUGAAAGCCUGGAAACACUUUUAUCAGAAGAGCAUGCAGUUUCGUUCUUGGUGUCUUAUCAAACCUUAGAGAGAGAAAUGUGUGAUCUAACCAGUGAGGCAAAUGAUGACAUAGAACCCCAUCACAUACAGGCCCCAGAUUUACAAGGAUUUCUUGAUGAAACUAUUCAUUCCUUACAGGAUUAUAAAAAGAGAUUAGAAUAGAAGAAAUUGUGGGAGUGUAAUAAAAAUUCGCCAGGAAAAGAAAACAUCUACGUUCAGAGUCGCAAAUUAUAUUUACUUGACGUGUUGUGAAUAAUUAGAGAAAAAGUUAUCAAAAUAUCAAAAUGUUUUUGUUUAACAAAAUACAUCAUGAUUAUUUAUAUAUAAUUAUUGAUUUGAUUUCCGCAUAUAUAUUAUAUAUUCAGAGCAUUGUAUAAUAAAGCCAUUUUUGUGAUAUAUUAUUUUAGCUUCUUGUUUCCAUUCAAAAUUAUUCUAAAUUGACAAAUAAUUGUCUAUUUUUUAUUUGACUUCAUUUCUCAUUAUUAAAAAGAGAUUUGUAAUGAGGUUUUAAACAUAUAAUCAGAGAUUUGCUUACUAUAAGGCUAAUUGUCAAAGUAACAGUUCUUGCUUCAAAGUAGUUUAUAAAGAUGAAUGCAUUUUAAAGGUAAAUGCAAAUGCAUUCACCUUCUAUUUCAACACAGCAAUCUCCAAUUUUGAUGGGGUUUUUUUUUUAAAACUUUUCUUAGAUUACGGUAUUUUUGGGGUAAACAUUGCAUUCAUGCGAACCAAACAAAACCCGUGCACGACUAACUUGAUAUCUUAAAUUUAUUAGGCUUUACCACUAGUUUUGAGAUAAAGAAAACAUAGUGCAUUGAGCAUAGUAUUCUAUACAUUUUAAUGAACAUUUAUGCAAGAAAUUUAUCAAUGAGUUAUACGUUCUCUGAUAUUUCAGUUACAAAAUGAUGUGUAUUUGUAUAACUAAGUUAAUAGACCAUUUUCGCCGGAAAAAACUUGUCAAUUAUACGCGCCUUUAUGACGUCAUUUACAAGAUAGAGAGGGUCGCCUGUAUUCCUGCACUAUUAACGUUCAUCAAGCGUCUUAGUGAUCGUCAAUGUGCAGGAUAAACUAUAUUUAAUUGUUGUUCUGUAGGAACUUAAUGACAAUUCCCUAAUGACAGCAGUACUGAUUGUCAGUUUUGAGAAUUAAAUUUGCAGAAUAAUUCGUACAAUAUAAAACUAUAGUUUACCAACCAUUCGCUCAACAUUGGAACGGAAGUGACGACGCCCCUAAACGCACAAAUGACGUUCACUAAAACCAGAGUUUUUGACGGAAAUGCAUCGAACUCGAAAGUUGUCUAUUACAUUUUACACUAUAUUGAAAUGAGAAUAUUUAGAGUUAUUUAAAAAAAAUAAGUAAUAUAAAAGUAGAUUGAAUACAUGCAGUCCCAAAAUUCAUUGGGGGUUUUCAAUAAUGUGCUUGAGAGAGUACACAUUGGUAGGUACACUGUCGUCAAAAUCAAUUAUGAUAUAUUUUUAAAUAUUUAAUCAGUAGUGUUGUAAUAUUUAACUUUAUAUAAAGUUUUACCACACUUUUGUUAUGUUUGAUGCGCUUCAAUUGUGUACCACGUAGUAUGUGAAUAUCUGAUUUUAUAUAUUUUUUCUUACUUAUUUUACUAUGAUCAGUAGUGCUAGAUCUUGCAUUAAAUAAACUGUCUUUAACUUAUAUCUAAAUACAAAAUCCCAAUCCUAGCCUGUUAUUUACGAUGAGUUUUUAUUUUAUUUAAUGUACUCAAAUGAAAGAAUUUGUUGAUUAGUUUUUCUUGCAUGGCGUAUAAAUUAUAUAUUAUGUAUAAUGACCAUAGAGUUUGUCUUUCCGUUUUAUCGAAUAAACGUUAUCAAGAUGUCA